AUGUUUGAGGAUGCAAACAAAGUGGUCGAGAAGGUGCUUAAAGGACUCCUUCAAAAUCUAAAGUUGCAGCCAAGGUGGAUGAAAGGUGUUUCGUCGAUGAUAAUUGCCCUCACGAUGGCAUGUUGAUGUAUUGCAAGGAAUGUUUUUAAUAUCCUACUUUCAGCACUAUAAUCAAUCAUUAACCAUACAUUGUUUUUAUAUUUUUAUUUAUAUAGUUACGAUUGUCAUGUGGAAAAACACCACGCAUUUGCGAUUAUGUUUUGUUCAUGUGUCAAGAGAUAACCGCAGCAGAGAUUGCCGGACCUUCUGCAAUGCAAAAGUUAGAAAAUAACAUUGUAAAGAAAAUAAAGAAUCAAUCUGAUCCGGUAGGUUUACCUUUCAAUUGUUAUGUCUACAUGAAUUUAGGGGUUUAAUUAUUUUGAGGAAAUCAAUACGAGUUCAAAUAUAUGUUAAGUCCAGUUCACACGAGCGAGAUAAGAGAGACACUGCACAUCAUCCCUAUUAGUUUUACCUUUUUUCCUGCUUUCCUCGUGCUUGUCUGUUAUCUCACCCCAGCCUGUGAACCAGACUUUAUAGAACAUGCAUGGGAUGAAUCAGAACUUCUAUUCGCCCUAAGGCUAAGGUAGGCCUACUCAUGGACAUCAACUUGUCAAAUCAAAAAUAUAUUACAUUUUGAUCGUUAGUCUUUACCUCAUCUCUCCGAUUAAUGCAUCUCCCCAAUUUAAACCCCAUCAUCGCGAUCUACUGUUCAGAAAAUAUGAUUUUUAGAUUCUUACAUGGUUGCACCCAAGUGUAACAGUGCAUGAUGUGGCUGGAAAUAAAGUUCCUGGCAUUGAAAUUAUCACAUCAGUUGUCGAUGCUUUUCCUGACGUUUCAAACAGUGUAAGUAUGAAUUGAAUACUGAUUCCUGUUGCUAUAGGAUAAUAAUUGCAAAACAAUUAAUUGAUACGAAUUUUAAUUUCCAAUAAUUAAACCUUGGCUUACGCAAAAAUAUUCAAACAUAUAUAUAUAUAUAAAUAUAUAUAUAUAUAUAAAUUAAGUUAUAAUUAUAAGAUAUAAAUUAUUUGCUGUUUAUAUAGCUUGCAAGAUUUGUGACGAUCAGCCCGAGGACAAUGAGGGGGGCAAUGUCUUAAGACACAGGGAUGCUGAACUUAUUCCAGGAGGAUAUCGAAACGUUAGAGGCCGUGGAGAACAUGCUUCGUGUACAAAUGGAAGGUAUACACUCCGGAAACUGGAAGGAAUAUGAAGGAAUAUAUAUAGGCAUAAUGAAGUUGUGAAUGUUUCUGUUUAGCAUGGGCAAGUAAUUGUGACACUGAUGGCGAAUUAGUAGAAGACAGUCAGGUUGCUGAAGAUAUCAACUACAAUUACAGUUUUACAGAGUCAAGAUUUUAA